AUGGCAGAGGAAAACAAAGUGACCCUAUAUGGAAUGUGGGCAAGCCCUUAUGUUAAGAGGGUGGAAUUGGCUCUCAGACUCAAGGGCAUACCCUAUGAAUAUGUGGAGGAAGAUUUGAGGAACAAAAGCCUAUUGCUCUUCAAAUUGAAUCCUGUUCAUCAGAAAGUUCCAGUUCUUGUCCACAAUGGAAAAGGAAUUGUUCAGUCUCUUGUCAUCCUUGAAUACAUCGAUGAAACCUGGGAAACUGGCUCUUGA